AUGAUCCUCAGAAGCGCGUCGUCACUUGAUCUUAACCUACGCGCCGCCCAGAAAUCCUCAGUUCCACGAUGUACAAACGGAGCUCGUGUGGUAACGACGGCUCGAUCCGUCUCUGCUUCUUCUCGUGGUUGUAAAUCGAUUCCAAGAGCUUCUUCAGAUGGAAAUCUCUCCGAUAUGCGAGCGAUUCAGCCGCCGGAGAGCAGAACCAAAACGAUCAACGUCUACUACGACGAUACGGCGUCUUUUAAGGUUUCGGAGAGAUCGGGGUUUUACCAGGGAGGUUCAAACGGUGGAUUUGGCGAGAUGAUUCAGCGUUAUCCUGGAGACUCUCUUCUUCUCGCUAACUACGCUCGUUUCCUCAAAGAGGUGAAAGGUGAUGAGAGAAAAGCAGAGGAGUACUGUGAGAGAGCUAUGUUGUCUGAUAAUGGUAGAGAUGGAGAGAUGUUAUCUAUGUAUGGAGAUUUGAUAUGGAAAAAUCACGGAGAUGGUGCUCGUGCUCAGUCUUACUUUGAUCAAGCUGUUCAAUCUUCUCCUCAUGACUGGUGA